GGACUGGUUCAACACACAGACUGCAGACAGACACACACACCACACCCUACUGCGCCUGCAGCUUGUUAAACCCCUUUUGUUAGGCCCACGCCUGUGAGGAGUCAGCUCAGUCACUCGGUCAUGAAGAGGGAGCUGGAGCUAGCAGCGUUGGGCCUGGGCACUGCAGGUUGGCUGUGUGCCAUCCUCACCCGCUGCCUUCCUCUGUGGAAAGUCAGCGGCACUUUAGACAACUCCACGGCCACGCUGCCGGCAUACUGGGACGGGGUGUGGCUGGAAUGGGACCACUGGGACCUAAACCACGACGGUAGCCUUCACUGCUCCUUCUACCAGUCUUUGUUAUCGCUCUCUGGAAACUUCCGUACAUGGAGAGCCCUGAUCCUAGCUUCUAUAUGUGCCGGAGCUUUUGCUGUGGUCAUCGGUGUAACUGGAGCCGUGUGGUUCCCGAGGAGGAAUCAGGUGAAACUCGUCUCUGGAGUGGUGUUUGUGUUUUCUGGAAUACUGCUGCUUAUCCCUGUGGCCUGGACUUGCCACCAUGCAAACGAGCCACUGGAGGGCGUUGUGACGCUGAGGAGAGACUGGGGAGCUGCUAUGUACAUAGGAUGGGUCUCAUUCUCUCUGAUGGUGGUAGGGGGAGGGAUUCUCUGUACUAUAUGUACCACGUUACAGCAUCAGGAGUCUGAAGGAGAGGGUUCUCCUCGAGGUUAUGCCGGGGCAGAGUCAGAGGCAGCCAGCCCCCUGGAUACAAUCCACAGGACUGCAUUAAGACACAGCCAGUAUGCUCGUGCACAAACAGGACCUUCCUGAAGAGAUUCAAUCAUUCAGGGCCACGAGUGAAGAAGUUUCUCGUUAUGAUACAUUAUUCUGCGUAUGUGCAUUAGGUAUGGAUGGAUUUCUAGGUCCUAAAAUCUACAUUUGAAGUAAUACGUCUAUGGCUUGGUAAAACAUUGAACCACUUAAAAUGAUUAGAAGCACUAACUACAGGUAUUUGCGGUUUAACUGAAAUAAUGUGGGGUUAAAGUUUAUACUGUCGUCAACUUGCUUUGUUUCUGUAUUACCAGGAACAUUGGCAUUAUUUUUGUAUUAUGGUAAGGGUUUAACAUGUAACUCCAAUUUCUGCUCUUGGUAACGUCAGUAGCACAUCUUUGAAAUUGUCGCUUAACAGUGCAAAAACAGUAUUGGUAACUGGGAUUGCGAAGUCAACAAAAUUGGUCGUAUUGCCAAUUAUGCUAAAAGGUCAAUGGAGUUGGCUUAUGGUACAAAAAUGAACAUGAAUGCAAUCAGCAUGCGCAUUCAAAAUGUGCAACAUGGCAGUGUAUUGUGACAAAAUGUCAUAUUCUAGAGUGGGCAUUUAUUGUCCCCAGCACCUGUGGAAUGAACAUGCGGUUUAAUCGGCUUCUUGACAGUCACCAGGUGCAUGGAUAGUCUUGGCAUAGGAUACAUGCUCACUAACGGGGACAUUUUGCACAAAUGAUAAAAACUCUCUAAAUGUUGCAUGUGUUGUUUUGUUUAGUUUAAUAUCAACAGUAUUAGCACAGGGCCGUUAAUUAACAUUUUGGAAAGAUUAUGCCAUAAAAAUACACAAUAAUGAAUACAAAGUAUGAAAUGUAUGUUUUCCUUUGCAAAUAUAGGUACUGAUUCAGUUUUUAGGAAGGAAGAAGUCAUAAAUACAAAUACACAAAAUAAUGGACGCAAAGUACAAAAUUAAUGAU